AUGGCUUUUCCUUCUUCCUCUUCUUCGUCCUCGAAGCGCCAAUACGACGUGUUUGUGAGCUUCAGAGGCCGCGACACCCGUAACACCUUCACCUCUCACCUCCUCAAGUCUCUCCGUGGGAAAGGUAUCGAUGUUUUCUCUGAUGGGAAACUCCUCCGAGGAGAGGACCUCUCUGUUCUCUUUGACAGGAUUGAGCAAUCGAAGAUGUCGAUCGUCGUCUUCUCGGAGAACUACGCCAACUCCACCUGGUGCUUGGAGGAACUCUGGAAGAUCAUACAGUGCAGAGAGAAAUCCGGUCAUGGUGUCAUACCAAUCUUCUACAAAGUCAAAAAAUCUGAUGUUGAGAAUCAGAAAGGGAGUUUUGGAGCUCCAUUUCUGAGCCCUGAGGAGAGUUUCAGGGGAGAUGGGUCCAAGAUUGAGGCAUGGAAGGAAGCUCUGAGCAUUGCUUCCAAUAUCCUUGGCUUUGUAUAUCCUGAGGACAGGCCGGAGACUAAAUUUUUCGAUGAAAUCACCAAGGAAACUCUCAGGAUGCUGAAUGAUUUGUCUCCAUGUGAAAUCCAAGGUUUUCCAGGGAUUGAGCCACGUUCAAAACAACUAGAGGAGUUGUUAAUGUUUGGUAAUGAUGACUGUGUCCGUACCAUUGGAGUUCUUGGCAUGGCCGGAAUAGGCAAGACACUGGUUGCUGAUACCGUUUAUAAGCGAAACUUCCGGCGAUUUGACGGCUACGAUUUUGUCGACGACGUUGACGAGGAGCUGGGAAGGCAUCAGUUAAGUGCUUUGCGGGAGAAACUCCUCUGUAAACUGUUGGAUGUAGAAAGCUUUGAUGUGAGAGCGUAUGGGAGACCGGAGAACUAUCUCCGUAACAAGAAAUUGUUUAUUGUAUUGGACAAUGUGACUGAUCAAGAACAGAUAGAUGUUCUCAUCGGAGAGAAAGCAUUGUACAAGAAAGGAAGUAGGAUUGUUAUCAUCACCAGAGACAAGAAGCUGCUGCAGAACAAAGCUGAUGCAACAUAUGUAGUUCCGAGAUUGAACGACAGAGAAGCCAUGGAGCUUUUCUGCCUGAAAGCAUUCUCAGACAACAUCAAUCUCAACCCUCCUGAAGUGUUUAUGGAUCUAUCAAACAAACUUGUAGACUAUACCAAAGGGCAUCCUUUAGCCUUGACGUUGUUAGGUUCGGGUCUGCUUCUCAAGGAUAUAUCUUACUGGACAGAGAAAUGGGAGAGUUUACUGGAAAGACCAGACAAGGAGAUUCAGAGAGUGCUGGAAAAGAGUUAUAGAAAGCUAGAUGAUGAACAGAAGAGCAUGUUUCUGGACAUAGCAUGUUUUUUCAGAUCUGAAAAAGCAGAUUUUGUUUCGAGCAUAUUGAGAUCAGACCGUGUUAAUGCUGCAUCAGUGAUGAGAGAACUUGAAGAUAAAUGCUUGGUAACUAUUUCUUAUAAUAGGCUUGAGAUGCAUGAUCUGUUGCAUAGAAUGGGGAAAGAGAUUGGAUAUGAAUCAUCCAUCAAAAGGGUUGGCAAACGUAGUAGGUUGUGGAACCACAAAGAUAUUCGUUAUAUCCUGGAGAAGAACACGGGCACUGAGUAUGUUAGAGGGAUUUUCUUGAACAUGUCUAAUGUGGAAAGGAUCAAGCUUAGCCCUGCUGCUUUCAAGAAGAUGUCAAAUCUCAAGUUCUUAAAAUUCCACAACGCUCAUUGUUCUCAGUGGUGUGACAAUGAACAUAAGUUUCAGCUCUGUGAAGGGCUUGGUCAUUUCCCAGAUGAGCUUGUGUACCUUCACUGGCAAGGUUAUCCUUACGAUUACCUUCCAUCAGAAUUCAAUCCAGAGGAACUUGUCGAUCUGAAUCUGCGUUAUAGCCACAUCAAAACACUUUGGGACGAGGAACAGAAUACAGAAAAUUUAAGAUGGGUCGACCUAAGUCAGUCAAAAAGCUUGCUGAGUUUAUCAGGUUUGUCCAAGGCCAAUAAUCUUGAAAGACUUGAUCUUGAAGGCUGUACGAGUUUGGCUGCGUUGGACUCAUCAAUCAAACAGAUGAACAAACUUAUUUACCUGAACCUCCGAGACUGCACAAGCCUCAAGAGUCUCCCAGAGGGAAUCAACUUAAAAUCUCUCAAGACUCUGAUUCUCAGUGGCUGCUCAAAGCUUCAGGAGUUUCAUAUUAUAUCAGAAAAUAUCGAAUCUCUUUAUUUGGAAGGCUCAGCAAUCGAACGAGUUGUUGAACGCAUCGAAAGUCUCUGCAACCUUAUUUUGCUGAAUCUCAAGAACUGUCGCAGUUUGAGGUAUCUUCCCAACGAUCUUUACAAGCUGAAAUCUCUUCAAGAACUGAUCCUCUCUGGCUGUUCAGCGCUGGAGAGUCUUCCACCAAUCAAAGAGAAGAUGGAAUGCUUGGAGAUUUUGCUUAUGGAUGGAACGUCCAUCAAACAAACACCUGAAACCAUUUGCUUGAGCAACGUCAAGAUUUUCUCGUUCUGUGGAUCUAGCAUCGACGAUUCCACAGGGUUGUUAUUGUUGCCUUUCUCAGGAAGCUCUCGUGUAUCAGACCUCUAUCUCACGAACUGCAAUAUCAACAAAUUUCCGGACAACUUUAGCUCCUUACACUCAUUGAGGCGUUUGUGCUUGAGCAGAAACAAUAUCGAGACUCUGCCUGUAAGCAUCGAGAAGCUUUCUUCUCUGCUGUUGCUUGACUUGAAGCAUUGUCUCAAGCUCAGUUCUCUUCCCGUGCUUCCGUCUAGUCUUCAGUACUUAGAUGCUCAUGGAUGUGUUUCUCUGGAAAAAGUUGCUAAACCAGUGACACUUCCCCUAGUUACUGAAAGGAUUCAUACUACUUUCAUUUUCACGGACUGCGUCAAGCUGAACCGAACUGAACAAGAAGCCAUUGUAGCUCAGGCCAAACUCAAGAGUCAGCUACUUGCAAGAACAUCUCUUCAACAUAAUCAUAAGGGACUAGUUCUAGAUCCUCUGGUUGCCGUUUGCUUUCCAGGAAGUGACAUACCCUCAUGGUUCCGUCAUCAGAGAAUGGGAUCUUCGAUAGAAACCGACCUGCGUUCACACUGGUGCAACACUAAAUUUAUUGGAGCUUCUCUAUGUGUUGUUGUCAACUUCAAGGAUCAUCAUGCCAACCGUUUAUCUAUAAGAUGCGAUUGCAGAUUCAAAAACCAAAACGAUCAGUCUAUCAGCUUUAGUUUCUCUCUUGGGGGAUGGAACGAGUCAUGUGGAUCGUCGUCUUGCCAUGAACCAAGGAAACUUGGAUCUGACCAUGUUUUUAUUAGCUAUAACAACUGUAAUGUGCCAGUCUUCCAACGGAGUGAAGAGAGUAGUAAUAACAGAUGUCAUCCCACUAGUGCCUCAUUCGAAUUCUACCUUACCGAUGAAACUAAUAGGAAACUAGAUUGCUGCAAGGUGGUUAGGUGUGGGAUGAGUUUGCUAUAUGCUCCAGAUGAGAACGACCGUGGAUUCCAAGGGAUAAGAGUUACAGACAUCGUUGAUCGUGCAUCGAGUGAGGCUUUUGUGCCCGUGCGAGGUUGGUCCCAUUCACAAGUUGGAGAAAGAAAGAAUGGUAGAAUAAGAGAUGAAAUCCCCUUAUGUGUGUUAACACGUGGUCUUGAAGACAAGGAAGACCCUUUGGUGUGUCGAAGGAUAGAUAGUUCUAUACUUCUAUCUACUUAUAUGGCUGAAGUUUGA